AAGGCCCGCCGCACUCUCUCUCUCUCUCUCUCCUCCCCCCGUCCCACCCAACAGCUCGCAUCCGGUCGCUCGCCAUGGACGCAGCCGUCGCCGCGCAGCAGGCGAGGCGCCGGAUCCGGCCGCCGGAGCCGCUCGUGAUGGCCGCGGCGCCGCCGACGCCGGCCGCGUUCCGGUGCCCGAUCUCGCUGGAGGUGAUGCGGUCGCCGGUCAGCCUCCCCACCGGCACCACGUACGACCGCGCGUCCAUACAGCGGUGGCUCGAUUCCGGCCACCGCACCUGCCCCGCUACGCGGCUGCCGCUGGCGUCCACCGACCUGGUCCCCAACCUGCUCCUGCGCCGCCUCAUCCACCUGCACGCCGCCACGAUGCCGCCGUCGCCGUCGCCCGAGGAGGUGCUGUCGCAGCUCGCGGCCGCGGACGGGGAGCCCGCGGCGGCGGAGAAGGCCGUGCGCUCGCUCGCGGCCAAGAUCGCGCCGGAGAAAGGGAAGCGCGCGUCCGUCGCGUCGGCGGUCGCCGCCGAUCUCGACUCCGCGGUGCCGGCGCUCCUCUCCUUCGCGAAGGGCGGGGCGGGCGCCGACGCGCGCGUGGACGCCGUGAGGAUCCUGGCUACCGUGGCCCCGGAGCUGGUCGCUUAUCUCACGGAGGAUGGGAUGGAGAAGCGCGGGAGGGUGAACAUGGCGGUGGAGGCCCUGGCCGCCGUCUUGUCCGCGGCCGGAGUUGCGGAGGAGGCGAAGGAUGCGCUCGUCGUUGCUCUCGUCGCCGAGGACCUGGGCCGCGUCGUGACGACGCUGCUCGGCGCGGGCGCGAACGGCGCCGCGGUCCUGGAGGCGAUCCUGACGUCGCCCGCGGCGGACGCCGACGCCAAGACCGCCAUCGCCGACAGGCCGGAGCUGUUCCCGGACCUCGUGCGGAUCCUCCGGGACGCGGCGUCGCCGGCGGCCAUCCGGUGCAUGGCCGCGGCGGUGCAGGUCCGCGGCCGCCCGGCGCGCGCGUCGAUGGUGCGGGCCGGGGCCAUCCCCGCGCUGGCGCUGGCCGUGGCGGCCGCGCCCACGGCGGCGGCGGAGUCCGCGCUGCGGCUGCUGGCGGAGGCCGCCCGCUGCGGCGACGGCAAGGCGGCCAUCGCGGCCGACGCGGCCGAGGUGGCGGCCGCCGUGAUGGGGCGGAUGAUCCGGGUGGGCCCGGCGGGGCGGGAGGCCGCGGUGGUGGCGCUGUGGCUGUCCUGCUGCGCGGGCGGCGGGGAGCGGCGGAUGCGGGAGGCCGUGGCGUCCGCGCCCGAGGCCGUGGGGAAGCUGCUGGUGGUGAUGCAGGGGGACUGCGCCCCGACCACCUCGCGGAUGGCCGGCGAGCUGCUGCGGGCGGUGCGGCUGGAGCAGGAGCGCAAGGGCAUGGUCGCCGCCUACGACAGCCGCACCAUCCAUGUCAUGCCGUACUGAUCGGCCCGGCGGGAACGCCGUCGCCGUGCGCCUAGCUCGCAGCUGUAAUGCAGUCGUAGUGGUGUAGUAGUAUAGUAUGUAAUGUAGGGGGGUCGGAAUGGGAUCACCAUCUGCUUUGCAAAUAUGCUGCUCGAUUCGUAUGAGGAAAUCGUUGUAGAAACUCGAAUAAGAACGAGAAUUUCGUCGCGCAGGCAAGGCGUGCCGGAUUCUGGCACCGAUCUGGCUGGCUGGGGACGAAGGCACAAAGUCAAAACGAAGACAGAAUGGCAGUAGCGUUUUUGCACGAGAUUCUGAUUUGUGUUCGUGUUGGAUCAGAGUGCUGCCUUUUGUUCCCUUCUGAAUUGGCAGUAGUGUUGUUCGGAAUAUGUUACAAAAUAAAAAUAUCAUUAGAUUAGGUCAUGCAAUAUAUUCUUAUACUGAA